CAUGAGCAUCCAACAUGGACUAGGACAGAGACCCAUUGAGCAGGAAGGGGAACAAUCAUCUCCUUAUGACCCCGCAUGGGAUUGUGUCCUUCCAUCCUACAGUUGAGCUUCUGGCAAAGCUGGCCUCUCAGGCUGGACCGUUGGUGAAAGUGGACGAUUGUGAUGAGCAUAGAGAGCCAGGGCUGGACCAUGGAGACGCAAUGGAGGAAUGUUCAAGUGGUGUCUCAAGAAUGAAGCACCAACACAGAGGUUCAGAUGUGUUGUCAACAGGCGACACUCAUGCAAGCAGUUUGUCAGGCAGCCAGUUAUCCCUAUCUUUGGCACUAAGCUCGAGACCUUCCUCCUCCUCGGCCACCAGUGUGAGAUCAUGGAAGAUGUACAAAGGGCCUCGCCGGGUGUUUGUACCUCAUUCCCCUAUGGACCUGGAGCCGGGUCACCGGGUCCGGAUCAUGCUGCCAUCUGGACGGAUCAGCACAGGAACGCUUCGUUACCUGGGUCACCUGCAGGGGGAGGCAGAUCUCCACCUUGGGGUGGAGCUGCAGUCACCUGAUCACGAAUUGCAUGAUGGCAGCCUCAGGGGACACAGCUAUUUUGAAUGCAAGCCCAGCUAUGGCGCCUUUGUAUCAUUCCAAAAACUGCUGAUGGCCUGGGAAUGACUGAAGUACAGACUGCUGAGGUAUAACUGCCCAUUAGGUUGCAUAGAAAGAGCUAACAGAGUGCAGAACACUAGUUAUUUGCAUUGAUUCGAUAACUAAUGAGAAAAGUCUUUGGAUCAAAGAAUAAACAUACAACGGAUGAAUUUUCCUUUUUUAUUCCCAAUAAAAAUACCAUGUCACCAAU